AUGAAGGAGGGGCCUGCUAGAAUGAUGAGCAAGUCUAUGUCAUUCAAAUCUGUGACCUCAGGCCGAUCCAGCACUAACGAGUCAAAAGUUAAAAUGCUUUCGUCCAAAUUUUCUCACAUUCAAGAUACAAGAGCAUUAAAGCAAGUGAAAGACCGGAAUGCAGUUGAUAGAAAAAAUUUGUUGAGAUUGGAUCGCCCGUCAGGUAGUUCAAUGACAAGUAGUGCUGUUGCUUCAACACCUAAGGUUGAUCAAAGGCUCACUCCUCGUGGUGAAAGUGCUAUAGCAUCAUCCCCAAGCAACAACAGAGAGUUGAAGUCCGCACAAUGUGAUGGAAGAUUGGGUACCUUAUCAAGAUCAACGAGUAGUGUAGGUCGUAAAGGUGCAGAUAUUCCAGUUCGAGCUUCAUCUACAAAUGGAAUUAGCAGUAUUUCUGUGGAACAAAAAUUGAAUCAACUUAGCCCUAAGGAUGAACCCUCAUCCAGUUCUUCUUGGAAUGCUGAGAGACAGUCCAAUAAUGCUAAUGAAAAUUUGCAAGAUGGCUUAUCUCGAUCACGGGAAUCAUCAAAUCAAGGUGAAAAAGCUAGGGAAAGUUCUGUCAGUCGCUUGAGGCAUGCUGGCACCACCGGGUUGAAAAAUGUCACUUGUCAGAAGUGCAAGGAAAUUGGUCAUGCUACAGAAAAUUGCACUGCUGUUAGUCAUUUGGCUUCUGGUACUGAUGCAUCUACUUCUUCUAGAACUGUCAGAGAGGAGAUGAGCAAAGGUAGUAAAUUGAAAGCUGCAAUUGAGGCUGCUAUGCUUAAGAAGCCUGGAAUAUACAGAAAGAAAAAAGAAAGUGAUCGAUCCGAUGGGUUGUCCUUGUCAAACGUGGAUGCAAGUGGCGAGGUAGCUUCUCAAGAUCAGUUCUCAGUUUUAAAUAAGAUGAUUGAAGGAACACUUGAAGGGCAAGCAAACCUUGGCACUUCUUCCCCUGAGUUCUGCAAAUUGACAAAUAUUAAUAACGUGAAGCAGCUUAAUCAGCACUCCACUGAUGCAGUUGUCACUUGUCAGAAGUGCAAGGAAAUCGGUCAUGCUACAGAAAAUUGCACUGUUGUUAGUCCUUUGGCUUCUGGUAAUGAUGCAUCUACUUCUAGAACUGCCAGAGAGGAGAUGAGCAAAGGUAGUAAAUUGAAAGCUGCAAUUGAGGCUGCUAUGCUUAAGAAGCCUGGAAUAUACAGAAAGAAAAAAGAAAGUGAUCAAUCCGAUGGGUUGUCCUUGUCAAAUGCAGAUGCAAGUGGCGAGAUAGCUUCUCAAGAUCAGUUUUCAGUUUUAAAUACGACGAUUGAAGGAACACUUGAAGGGCAAGCGAACCUUGGCACUUCCUCUGAGCUCUGCAAAUCGACAAAUAUUAAUAACAUGAAGCAGCUUAAUGAGCACUCCACUGAUGCAGUUUGUUCUUUCAUGCCUGGGCGAUUGGAUUCCAUUGCCCCUUAUUUGGGAAAGCCUGCUCAUGCUUCAGCAGAGAAGUCUGUCCUUAUGAAGAUGUCAGCCAUCCCAGAGCACGAAUAUGGGGUGUUUGAAGUGCAUAGAUCUGAAAAAUUUAGUGACCUAUAUGGUGGAAUUCAAGCACAUCUAUCGACUUGUGCAUCACCUAAAGUCUUUGACAUGGUUAACAAGUUUCCUCAGAAAAUUAACUUGGAUGAAGUACCUCGCUUAAGCACGUGGCCAAGACAAUUCCACACUAGUGGUGCUAAAGAGGAAAAUAUUGCUCUUUACUUCUUUGCCAAGGAUUUUGAAAGCUAUGAGAACUACAAGGGAUUGUUGGACAGCAUGAUUAAAAAGGAUUUGGCCCUCAAAGGAUCAUUUGAUGGUGUUGAAUUCUUCAUAUUCCCAUCCACUCAGCUUCCAGAGAACUCCCAGCGCUGGAACAUGUUAUAUUUCUUGUGGGGAGUGUUCAAGGGAAGGGCAUCUGAUUGUUCAGAUUCAUUUAAGAAGAUAGUUAUUCCCAGUUUGAAUGUGGUGCCCAGGGACAAUGACAUUUCUGCUGCGGUCUUGUCUUCAUCUGCGAAUCUAUGUGCAUCUGAAUGUAUAGUUAACAAAACACCUGCAUGUGGCAGUUCUUGUGAUGCGCCUCGUACAUCAAAUGUUCCUGACAAGCCACGUGUGCCCUUGAACGGGAAUUCUGAUGGCGAAGUACUUAAUUCACAUACGAUCCUAGAGAAGCAAAACGGUAAACUUGACUCCAAAUCCUUGCCAAAGAUUCCAGGAAGCUGUACCUCAUGGUGCCCAGAAAUUAGAUGUAGCAGUCCUCCCCUGGAAGAAGUUGGUCUUCCUGAGUGCAGUUUGGAUGUGGAGCUUAAACCCUGUACAGAAGUAAGUGGAACUAAUUCUGGCUCUGAUGUGGAGGAGAUACAAAUGCAUGAAGGUGCUUCACGUCUUGGAGAAGAUAUGCCAUUCAAGAUUUUUGGUGUUGGUAGUCAAGAUUCAGGUGGCAAGAGGACUUUUUGUGAGGAAAUAUUCGAUAGAACAUACUGUGAUAGAAAUAAUGUUAAAGUUGGAAGGGACUUGAAUGAAGAUAAUGUGAAUCGGGAUGCAGAGGCUUUGUCAGAGAAAGGCUCAAGGAAACGACCAUAUUUGGAUCUGUCAGAGACUGUGCCACUUACUUCAAGUAGCAUGACUCAAAAAACUCCAUGGGAUAAGGCUGAUGACAAUAAGUUAGUAGAUGGAGAGAGUAUUGGCAAGAAGCUUAAGAUGGGUUUCAGUGGACUAUAUGGGGGAAGUGGUUCAAGAGAUGGAAAUUGUUUGAGUGGUAGUUUUACUUCUCAGACAUGUGAUUUGGGUUCCAGCUCCUUGAUUGAGGGGAAGAGCUACGGCACAGCAUCUGAAGAAAAGGUUAUCAUGGAGGACCUGGAAGCUAAUGAAAGGUACUUCUUUCCUGUGGAUCCGCAUCAUGUCAAGGAUAUUCAGUUGCUUGAUAACUCCAUGGCCUGGAACUCAUCAAAUGUUGAAGAUAGAUUUCGUGAUGGGAUUCCAAAUCUCGAGCUUGCCUUAGGGGCUGAGACAAAAUCCCCAAAUAAGGGAAUCCUGCCUUUCUUUGGAAUGGUAGAGAAAAAUAAUAACCAGAACAAGCCUCCAAACAAGGUGAUGAACAAGGAAGAGGAUGAUGGUGUCUCUGCUUCCCUUUCCCUUUCCCUCUCAUUCCCAUUCCCAGACAAAGAACAAACUGUAAAACCAGUUCCAAAAACGGAGCAGCUUGUGCCUGAAAGGCAUCAUGAAAAUGUCGAGGCAGAUUAUAAUUGGAGGAAUGCAGGCAAAUUUCAAAGAAUGCAUCUUGUAACUGCUGGCCUAGCGGAUGCCUUAGACUCGGUCAAGUACUACUGUUUACUUCCAUGUGUGGAUCCUGGAAGCUCACCAGGAAAGGGCUUUGCAUGGGAAUCGCAUAAAUCGAUGCUUGUACCUGGAUUGCUUCACGGCAAUCUUCUUAGCCUGAGAAUCUCUGUUUUGUCGCUGGUGCUGGUGCUGGUGCUGUGCAAUUCAUCUUCUAUUCCAGAUGGAUUCACAUCUAGUUAUGUUUAUUAUAGUACUUUGCAGGCUUAUGAUUAUGGAUUCCUCAACGAACUCUAUUUCAAGCCUACUAAGCCAAAUAUUACUAAGCAUCUCAUUUAG